CCCGCGCUGGUGUUCUGCUGGCGGACGGCGGUGGCUUAGCCCUUCCAAGGGAAGGCCUCAGGCAGUCUCCUGUGCCGCCUGUCACCAGUGACUCUUUUUCAGGGCGUGCCAGACAGCGUGCGGAUGGCUGCCAGCAAUGUCCUGGUGGCUCUGGCCAGAACACACUUCACCUUGGUGAUGGCCGAGCUCCAGGGCCACCUGAAGGCUGCGGGGGAGAUGUCCAAGGAGUUUGUGCUCGUCACCCUGAGCAAGCUGUUCACCAGCUACGCUCCACAGUGCAUCUCCUUCAUGUGGCUGAUGCUGGCCGGCCUGCGCAGUGUGGUGGGCUGGGUGAGAGGCGGCCGGACCCUGCGCAUUGCUUGUGCUGUUGUGAAACAAUGGCUGGAAGGAGUCAAGGUUCACUUGGGCUCUGGAAAGCAAUGCCCCUGGCCUGCCAUAGAGAUCGAGAAGAUCUACAAGAAUCUUUCCCAGCUCUUCUGCUCUGUGCUGAGGAACUGGCAGGACUGCCAGGAGGAAGAGGACAAACAGGCUGUCCUCGGGGCUGUGGCUACCAUGAUGGCUGUCCUCCUGCAAGAGGAGCUGCCCCGAGAGCACGUUUGGGAGCAGCUCCUCUGGCUCGUGCGCCUGUAUCAGGAGGUCCAAGACACCUGCAGGGGGACCAAGAGCCUCACUAUCUUCCUGGAGGCCUUAGAGGGAUUUCAAUCGGUCAUCCCUAAGGACAAGUUUCUGGCCAUCACCAGUGCUGUGUUCUACCAGCUCUCUGAUGACACCAAGGAGCACAGCGAGGCUGACAGAGCAGAGCUGACCCACUGCAUCCUGCUGCAGGCCCGGAUCUGCCCCGAGGAAACGGUCCUGUUUCUGCAGUCACAGCUGGGAGCUGACAGGAAGGCUGGAUGCGUGGCAGCCCUAGGUCUGCUUGGUGCUCUGGCUCGCUCUGAUGAGCCCAUGAUGACAAAGAAGCUGCCCCAGGUUGUGGAGGCUGUACAGUGUCUGUGCAGCGACCCCAGGACCCAGGUGAGGAGGGCCAUUCUGCACUUCAUCAAGGAUGUGCUCAGUGCUAACGCCCGGAGCUGCUCCGCCUGGGAUGUGGUGGGGCACAUCUUCAGUGAGUUCAGCCGCUCCACGGGAAGAAGGGCAGCUGGAGACCUUUCUGCCCAGGAAGCCCGGGAAGAAGGAGCUCUCCAAGAGCUGUGCAUGGACAUCCUGGGGUCACUGGAUGUCUCUGUGAGAGGGAUGACCAAACUCCUGUGGCCACGGCUGCUGCUGUACGUGGUGCCAGCCCAGUACACCGGCAUGCUGAUCCCAGUCUCCCGCUGUGUCCAAGCGCUGGCUGAGAGAGGGGACCUGAUGGUGCGGGAGGUAGAAGACCUGGAUCCCCAUUUCCUCAGCUCCAUGUUUCAAGGCCCACUGCUGACUCCCCAGACACUGCUGGCACGCCUGUUGGUGGUGGCAGGGAGCCCUUUUGCAGGCAGCGAACUCCAAGCCGCUGCCUUGCUGCUCAUGCUAAACCUCCACAGCAGGAUCCACAGGGCUGUGGGGGCCAUGUGGGCCGCUGAGAUCCCCCUGCUGCUGCAGUGCCUCCAAGGGAAAGAUGAGAGCUUCCCGGACUCUGCAGAGUGGGAGCAGCGCCUACUAAAGUUCCUGAGGGCAUCAUUGGACACCAUGGAGGAUGAGGCCUGGACCAAGGGCCUGAGCUGCGAGCUGAGCCGGUGGCUGAGCAGCUCUGCCAGCAGCUCUGGAGAAAAGUCUUUCCUGUACAAGGCUCUGGGGACAGUGCUGGGAGCUUGUAAGGAAGUCCUCCACAUCCAAGAGAAGCUUCUGCAACACCUGGAGGAAGCAAACGCGGAGGAGCCAUCUGAGGCCCAGGGAAUGAUCUCCCUUCUCAGCCAUGCCGCUGAGAGCAACUUCCACACAGUCCUGGACACACUCACCAUGUUUGCGUCCAGGCUGUGCAAAGGCCAAAAGGGGAGGAUUUCCAGACGCAAGAAGAUGGAGCUGGACAGCAGAAGAGCUCACGCCACACGCAGCGCUCUCAUCCUCGCCCAUGGCAGCUUGGCACUGCGAGCCUCCAAGGAACAGCUGCUCGCCCGCCUGGAGGGAGACAUCGUGGGCAACAUCCUGCUGCUCUACAGCUGCAGCUGCCGGGACUUGCAGAACACGCUCGCGCUGGUGCAGAGCAUCACUGACUUCAGCUCUGCUUUCCAAGCUGUGGGUGACUCUGCCUGCUUUAACCCCUCCUUGAAGGGCAAGCUGCUGGAGAUCCUGACGGAGUUGCUGAAGAAGUAUUACUUGGGCACCCCUGUAUCCCCAGUGCCCCUCAAGGUGGUUCUGGCCCUGGAGCAGUUGAGCAAGCUGAAGCCCUCUUUAGGAACCAAGGACAUGUGUGACAUGCUGAGUCUGUGCUGCAAGAAUGUUGUGUUGCACCCUUCAGCAGAGAUGAUGCUGAAGAUCAGGAAGUCACAGCAAGCAGCUCAGUACCUGCAGCUUCUGCAAACAUCACUGAAAGCUCUGGGCCGGCUCAUGGUGGUCCUGCUCGAGACAGAGACCAGUGGCUUCUUCCAGAACAUAGUCCAUAGAUCAAUGACGUCAGACAACAUGUGGGAGCGCAAGAGGGCCCUGCAGAUCUGCUCCCAGCUGCUGGCUGCUUGUGAAGAGCUUCGAAGAGGAGAUGCCUGCAAGCACUUUGGCUCCUUGGUGGGAUUGCUGGCGCCUCUGACGUGUGACCCCAUGCCCACAUCCCGCCAGCUGGCUGUCACCUGUCUGAGCUCCCUUCUCCGAAUCCAAGCCAAGGCGACCAAUGGAGUCAUCAAGAUGGGUGACAUCGGGAGCCUGUGUGAGGGGCUGAAUGACCACAGCACCGUCUGUCAGCUCCAGACCUCUUCCAAAAUUGCGCGGAUUGUGUACAGGAACUUCCCCCUGGAAGACACCAUCGACUUCAUGAUGGCCAUCAAGGAUGCCUUCCGGAAGGCCAAAGGAACGCGUGUGCGUGCUGCUGGGAGGUGGAUGAUCACCUUUCUGCAGAUGUACGGAAAGGACAUCUGUCAGGACGUAAGAGACUUUCUUCCACGUGUCUUGGACUUUUGCUGGCUCUUGCACUACGGCUUGUGCUGUUUGCCUCAGGUGCUACAGAAGCACAACCAGAGCGCAGAGCCUGGCUGGUGUGAAAUUUAGGUUUGGGCCUUGGCAGCAUGUCAAGGGAGCAGGCAAUGCUCAUGUGCUGAAUGUCCACAGUUAAGCCCUGCAGAGUCAAGGAUGCAGCCAGUCAUGCUUUCUCCCCUUCCCCUUUCAGGUGCCACUGACCAACUACAUCCUGCGCAG